CUUUCAGUUUGUUGUUUCGAGCACCUGCCUUCCCACAAUUCAUUUUCAACUACUUCCUUUUCCGAUAAUCAUCCAAGAUGGUUGGACGUCAUCUUCCCAAGAAGCGAAAGUUCGUCGCUGACGGUGUAUUUAAAGCUGAAUUGAAUGAGUUUUUAACUCGAGAAUUGGCAGAAGAUGGAUACAGUGGUGUUGAGGUUAGAGUCACACCAACAAGGACUGAAAUCAUUAUUCUAGCCACUAGAACACAAAAUGUGCUCGGUGAAAAGGGAAGACGUAUACGUGAAUUGACAUCAGUUGUUCAGAAGCGAUUCAACUUUUUAGAAAACACAGUUGAAUUGUAUGCUGAGAAGGUAGCUACAAGAGGUUUAUGUGCUAUAGCUCAAUGUGAAUCUUUACGAUACAAGUUAAUUGGAGGAUUAGCUGUUAGAAGAGCAUGUUAUGGUGUAUUGAGAUUUAUUAUGGAAAGUGGAGCUAAGGGCUGUGAAGUCGUUGUAUCUGGUAAACUCCGUGGACAGAGAGCCAAGUCAAUGAAAUUCAUAGAUGGCCUCAUGAUACACAGUGGUGAUCCCUUAUUAGAAUAUGUAGAUACAGCUAUUCGACAUGUACUCCUCAGACAAGGUGGUACAAGUGGUAAAAAUAAAAGAAACAAAAAAAUAAAUGAUAAAAUCUCCUUGCUUGUCAAGUUUUCUUAGGAACAGAUAGAAUAAGCCCUAAAUGAAAGUGGUUGAGAUCAUACCUGGGAAUUUUCUACUAGGUUUCCCACUGCCAUUCGUUCAGGUCUUUUGGGGUGUCAUGUAAAAAGUGUCCACAUGUUCUUGAAACAAUCUUGGAUCUCUAUCCUGCUGUGUUAGAAGUUAAAACCUGAGGACAUUUCAGUGCCAAGAUCAGUUCAAGAAUAUGCGACUCUACUGCAGAAAGCUAUGAUUUACUCUGAAUGAAAAGCUGCCCUCCUGAACAAUUCAACAUAUGGAAAUGUCCUCUCAUAAAUAUCUAAGAAACAAAAAAAAAUAUUUAAAAAUUUUAUUCAUGUAGAAGAGGUGCAUGCCGCCAGAAACAUUGAUAUGUUAACUAAUUAUUGCUAAGGCUAAAAUAAUCAGAACUGUGACCAGUCUUAUUAAAAUUAGAACAAACUUUAUUAUUUAUUAGCUUCUAUUUUUACUUUAGCUACUUCAGUUAGGGACUUAUGACAGGCCUCUUGAAUAUUUUAUGAUAUCGCCUGCCAAUCCAAUUUCUUCCCACUCAAACACUGAGAUUUUGUGAAAAUAAAAAACGGAACGAAAGUUUAGUCUUAUUUAAUUGGACAGCUAUGACAAAUAAAUCGCUGUUGCACGUUUCUAUUUGGUAAACAGUCUUUAUUAAAAAAUUUGACAUCAACACUGACUAAUUAAAAUCUGAAAUAUUCAAAUACAAAUAAAUGAAUUGUAUUGAAGGCAGUGAAAAUUAAAAACAAUGACUGGCUGACAAAGAUUGACUGUUACUAUAAACAUUAUUAACAUGAUCAACUGGUUUAAAAAUUAUAAAUAAUGGCUCUACAAUAUAUUCAACAAAUCACUUGAAAAAUUGAGUCAAACAGAAAAAAAAACUAUUGUACUGCACAUAAUUUAAAUCAUACCACAUAAAAGAUUACCAAAGCAAAAAGAUAUGGUGCAAAAAAAAUUGAUCCAAUUAACUUCAUUGGCCAAUGAUGUAUUAUGUUAAUGGUGAAUUGUUUUGUUUUAUUUCUUUUGGAUAUUCAGAAUCCGGUUUUCAAAAUUUUUAUACUAUAACAAACUUAUUGUUUAGACUGGAAGAC